AUUUUGGUAGGGCAGGAAGACUCGAAUCGCAACGAGCCUAAUGCGUUUCAAAAGGUGUAAACAGGCACUCACGCUAAUAUAAUCGUCUCAUGCACUCAAAGGUUUCAAUAAGCACACUCUUGCGCAUUUUCACACUGAGGCUUUGCUCAUAUUUGCUGUAGCACUGUUUGAGUGUACACUCACCGCUCACUUUCGUACUCAUGGCGGCUCAGUCAACUGUGAAAUCAGCACUUGGAACUCUGCUCUAACUCGAAGCAAAAUGCUGCUCCUCAAGGCUGACCACCCAGGCGCUUGAGAGGACCUUUUGAUCUCCUCGGGUGCUGUUUGAAUCAGCAAGGGAAAUAAGCAAUGGAGUAUGGACUUGUGAUUGGUGUGUCGCUCGGCGUGUGCGCCGCGAUAGCCGCACUAUUCCUCUUGCUCUCGUGGCUUUGGUCCCCAAGCAAGUUGCAGCUCUCUGGCAGGCACAUUCUCAUCGGGGGCGGCUCCCAAGGGAUAGGUCUGGAGCUUGGAAAGUUGUUGGUUGCUGAGGGGGGGUCUGUAUCUGUGGUUGCGCGCAACAAGGACACACUGGCCAAGGCAAAAGCGGAGAUUGAGAAACACGUUCUGGCGGACAAAACCGCCUCGGUCAAGGUGGUCACCAUCUCCGGAGACCUAACUAGCUGGGAGUCGGCCCAAACCGCGGUUCGCGAAGCGUGCGCCGCUCAAGGCAAACCAAUCACUCUCCUCAUCUGUGCGGUGGGACUCGGCACUUCGGGAACGCUCGAGGACAUGGACAUGAAAACUAUUGAGGGACUGAUGCGCACCAACUGGCUGGCGCCCGUGCAUCUGGUCAAGGCCGCGUUGCCGAGCCUCAAGGAGGGACCGCGGCCGGCGCACAUCGCGCUCUUCUCAUCCCAAGCGGCGCAGAUGGGAGUGUAUGGUUAUGCCGCUUACUCGUCCGCUAAGUGCGCCCUCAAGGGCCUGGCCGAGGUCUUGGAGUUUGAGCUUGCGCCGUAUGGCAUCCGCCUUUCGCUCUGCUUCCCUCCAGACACAGCCACGCCCGGCUUCGACGUGGAGGAGCUUACGAAGCCGGAGCUGACGCGCAUCAUCUCGGAGGGGCAGUACCAGGCGUUUGCGCCGGACGCCGUGGCUCGAACAGUUCUUUGCGGGAUCAAACGGGGAGAGUUCCAGAUACCAGUUGGGUUUGACGGGUGGUUAUUGAAAAACUUAAACGCAGCGAGCCUGCCCCAGCCGUACCUUGGACAGCUAGUGGUGGAGAGCUUAUUGGCCGGGCUGCUGCGAAUCGUGGUCCAGUUCUACAAGGGGGACUGGCACCGGACGAUACGGAAGUGGCACCAGCAGAAGAAAAAGCAAGGCUAAGGAGCCCAUGAACUCUGUCUCGUCAACGAUGGCUUCCGAUCAAGUGUCAGCAGUACAGUCAAAAUCAGCGUUCAUUUACAUCCGCGUCAGCAGCGUUGUCUUUCAUGACGAUGGAGCAAAGCUGGCGAAUGUGUUUGAUGAUGACAAACCGGAAGGAUCAAAGGUAAGGUCCAACAUAAACAUUUCGGGUGUCCCGAAUUUCUUGUUGUAUUUACUCGUCGCACGGAUGGCGCACGGAAACCAAUUCAAAUGGUUUCAACCGAGAAUGAUCAGCUUAAACGAUCCAAGUACUCACGUGGUGCUACACUUCGACCAAGGUGACGUAUGCUCUCUAAUAUGAUAACCAUG